AUGAUUGGCAAAGGUGGUUUUGGAGUUGUUGUAAAGAGUAGAAAUAAAUUGGAUUGUAGAUAUUAUGCAAUAAAGAAAAUUAAAACCAAGGGUUAUACAGACUCUAAUCAAGAACCAUUAACAAAUAAACUUUUGAGAGAGGUAACAACUUUAUCAAGAUUACAUCAUCAAUUUGUUGUUAGAUAUUAUCAAGCUUGGAUUGAGAAAUCCUGUGAUAGCUUUCAAUCGUUGGAAGAAGGUAAUGAAGAUCUAUCUGGUGAUUUGGAAACUGAUGCUUCAGAAGAUUGGUUUAUGCAAUCAAGUAUCAAUAGUAGAUCAAUCAUUUCAAGAGAUUCUUAUUCUGGUUUAAGUACUUCAAAUAGUAAUGUAGGUGGUGCCAAUAAUACAGCUGGUGGUGGUGAUAGUGUUAGCAAUGCAAAUAGUAAUAAAAGUAUGAUCGUUGGUAAUAAUAAUAAAAAACUAACAUUAAGUAGUAGUAAUACAUCAUCAUCGUCAUCGUUAUUAUCAAAUAAUAAAAGUAAAAUUUUAAAUACCUCAAAAAGUACAAGUACUAAUACCAGUACAAGUACGAGCACAAGUAAUACAAAUAAAAAUAAAAAAAUUUCAAAGAAAAAGAAAUCAAAAUUAUCACCAUUAAUGAAACCAAAGAAUAAAAAGAAUAAAAAUAAUGGUGAAAGUGAACAAAGUUCAAGUGAUAGUGAAAAUGGUGAAAAUGGAAUGAAAUCAAGAAUAAUUGAGAAUGCUUCAGAUUCAUAUAGUGAUGAUGAUAAUAAUAAUAAUAAUGAUAGUAAUAAUAAUUAUCAUAGUGAUAAUGAAAGUGAUAGUUUUUCAGGUAGUAUUAGUAUGAGCGAUGGUAAUGGCAGUGGUUAUGAAGCUACUGAUGAUGAAGACAUUAUUAAUAAUAGUGGUAGUUUUGAUGAUAAUGAAAAUGAUGAUGAUGAUGAAGAAGAUGACGAUGAUGAAUAUGAUGAAGAAGAUGAUGAUUAUGAAACAUUUGAUUUUCAAGAUAAAUCAAGAGUUGUUUCAAAUAAUUCAAAAUUAUCAACAUCAUCAUCUAGAAAGAAACCACCAAAAGAAACUCAUACAUUAUAUAUUCAAAUGGAGUAUUGUUCAAAGAAAACCUUGAAAACUUUAAUUGAUAAUGUGGGUGGUAUAGCAGAGGAAGAGGCAUUUAGAUUAUUACGUCAAAUUGUUGAAGGUUUAAAUCAUAUUCAUAGUCAACAAAUUAUUCAUAGAGAUUUAAAACCAGCCAAUAUUUUCAUUGAUAAUGAGCAAAAUGUAAAGAUUGGUGAUUUUGGUUUAGCAACAAGCGGUGCACCAGUUUCAAAAUCUGACGAUUUGAAUUCAAGUACUUCAAAUGCAGCCAAUAAUAUUAAUUUAUCAUCAUCAACCAAUUCAACUGCACAGCAAACUCCAAUGUGGGAUUUAAAUGAUGAAAAUCUUAGCAUGACAGGAGGUGUUGGUACACCAUUCUAUUGUUGUCCAGAGAUUUUAGAAAAGAAUACCAAACAUUACGGAACCAAAGUUGAUAUGUAUUCUUUGGGUAUUAUUUUCUUUGAAAUGUGUUUUCAAUUUCAAACUCAAAUGGAACGUUCAAAUAUAUUAAGAGAUCUUAGAGACAAUUUAAAAUUUCCACCAGGAUUCGAGUCGACUAAACCUGACCAAACUCAAAUCAUUAGAUCCUUGUUAUCAAGAGAUCCAACUCAAAGACCAUCAACUAAACAACUAUUGGAGAGUGGUUUAUUACCAUCAAAGAUGGAAGAUGAUAUCUUAAAAGAGGCAAUUAAAACCAUUGCAAAUCCAACCAUUUCUUUAUUCUCUUAUUUGAUGGAGAAAUUGUUUUGUUUAUCAAAUGAUGAACAUAUCAUGUCAAGAUAUCUCUACACAUCUAAUCCAUCAUUAACCCCAAUGCAUUUAAUUUGUAGGGAGAAAACAUUUUCAAGAUUGGAGAAAAUCUUUUUAAAUCAUGGUUCAAUAAGAAUUGAUACACCAACACUAUUUCCAAAGAAUCCAACAAAUUCAACUCAUCCUGGUGCAGCCAAUGUCGCCAAAUUUUUAGAUGAAAGUGGUACUGUAGUUUAUUUACCAUAUGAUCUAACUAUACCAUGGGCAAGACAUGUAGUUAUACACAAUAUUCAACAAGCGAAAAGAUAUACUUUCUCAAAAGUUUAUCGUAGAUCUCAACCUGGUUUCUCACCAAAAGAAUUAUAUGAAUGCGAUUUUGAUAUAAUUGGUCCUUCAAAAUCUAGACAUAUAAGUGAUGCUGAAACUUUAAGAAUCAUUAUUGAAAUUAUGGAAGAAUUUAAAGAUGAAUUAUUUGGUAAUAAUAGUGGCAGUAAUAGUGGUAGUGGUAGUGGUGGUAGUAUAAAUUAUAAGAUUAGAAUUAAUCAUUAUGGAUUGUUAGAUAGUAUUUUAUCAGAAUGUGGUGUUGAAAAAAGAUUUUUUACAGUUGUUUAUCAAACAGUAGCACAAUUACAUUGGAGAUUAAAUUGGGCUCAAGUUGCCCAAUCUUUAAAGGAACAUGGUUUAUCAGCAUCAAUAGUUUCAAAUAUAUCAACUUAUUUUAGACAAAGGGGUGAAUUAGCACAAUGUGUCACUCAAUUGGAAUCAUUAUUAGCCAAUCAUAAAGAAGCAACAACCGGUAUAUCAGAUUUAAAAAUUUUGGUUAGAAAUUUACAAAUGAUCAAUAUAAUACCAAGGUUUUUAUUGGAUUUAAGUUUAAUUCAUAAUCAUCAAUACUAUGAAGGUCUUGUUUUUCAAGCAUAUAUUGAACGUCCAACUUUGUCAAAUCCAUCAAGAACUGAAAUCAUUAUGUCUGGUGGUAGAUAUGAUAAACUGAUUAAAUCACUUCAUCCAAAUCCAUCAUUGUCAAAUAAUAUUGUUAGUGGUGUUGGUGUUACUUUAGCUUGUGAAAAAAUUGUAAAUUCAGUAUUAAAUUAUCGUCAACAUCUUUUAAAUAAUUGUUUCAAUACUACUUAUACUCGUCGAAAUAAAGAUCCUCCUAAUAGUAAUAACAACCCCAACAACAACAACCUCAAUAAUAAUGUUAGUAUUUUUACUAAAUUUCAAUCACAUAUUGAAGUUUUUGUUUGUUCAUUAGGAUCCUCAUUGCUUGGUGAAAAACUACAAGUUGCAUCUCAGCUAUGGUCAGCUGGUAUAAAAGCUGACUAUUCUCAAACUGAUUACUAUUCUUCAGAAGAUAUCUAUUCAAAUUGUCGUGAAAAUGGUAUACCCUGGGUUGUAAUAUUAAGAGAAAAAGCCUUUCAAAUUGGUAAAUUAAAAGUUAAACAAAUUGAAACAAGACAAGAAAGAACAGUUGCAAGAAAAGAUUUAGUUGAUUUUUUUUUAAAAUCUAGAAAACAUAACGUUGAUUCAAAAAAUAUAAUUCAAAAUACAAGUAGCAGUGAUUUAUCAAAUUUAAUUGGUGGUAUCAAUAAUUCUGGUAGUGGUGGUAGUGGUGGUAGUGGUGGUGGUAGUAGUAUGAGUAGUGGUGGUGGUGGUGGUGGUAAUAGUAAUAUUGGAGGAAGUGAUCAUCACCAUCAUGGUCAUCAUAGUAAUCAAUCAACAUCGAGUAGUGGUAAUUCCAAUAAUAGUAAUACACAACAAACAUCUCCAAUUCAACAUCAUGUUCACUUUAGUAAUACAAAAAGUAUAAUUGGCUCAAGUGGGAUUAUUAGCAACGCAACAUUUAGUGGAGGUAGCAGUAGUAGUAGUAAUAUUAUUCACUUUGAUGAACCGACAGAUUCAUUUAGUACUCAAAUAGUUUAUCAAGGUGUUGAAGAAAUAAAGAAAUCUAAAAUCGAAACAUUGGUUCAAACUUCACUUUCAAAAUUAUUCAGAGGAUUCAUUCAAUCAAAGUCUUCAACUAUUCGUGUUAUUGUAACAGAUUUAGCUUAUUCUGUGAUUAGAGAUUUACAAAUUUCAGAAUCUCAUGAUAAUAUAUCAAAGUUCCAGCGUGUAAGCAAAGAAAAACUCUUACAACUUAAAAAUCAAAUCUUUAAAUGGAAAGUUUACCCAUUCAUUGUCAUUCAUUCAAUUAAAGAUGAUAAAUCAGUUAUAUUUAAUAGUGUUGUUUAA